AUCAGUGUCAAGGUGAAUAUCGGACAGCAGUGUAAAAAUUAUAUAUAUAUAUAUAUAUGCAGUAGAGUGAAACUUAAAUGACUAUGCGAAAGAAUAUGAAUGGUAUUACUCAAACAUCUCCGAGAUGAAAUUAGCGUUUAUAGGACUGGCAUUCAUAAUAUCACCGAUUUUGAUCGUAUGCACCGACAAUGGGAAUCUUGAAGAACGUGUAAAUAACAGAACGGAUAUUCUAUUAGUAUCAACAUCUCCGAAAACUACUGAAAUAUUACUGUAUAGAGUAAUAGGCAAAUUGAAAAAAUUCUUCAAUCAAAAUAACGAAAACAACUUCACAGGAAGAUGUAUUCAAUUAGCCAAGAAAAUACGGUCAUUAAUUCCAUUUGCAAUUUUCGGUGCUGGUGUUAUAAUAACCUUAUUAGGUUUUCUAACGAUGUUUUCCAUAAAAUCUCUUGGAUUACUAAUACUUUUACUAUUGAUAAAUGCAAGUAGUGCCGUAGCUAAAAUAACUGCUGCUUUCGUUCACAAAGGAGACAAACAACCAUCGACUGUACAUUACCACGUAAAUAAGUAUAAUGAUGAUCACCAUGGAUAUCACGUAGGGCACGACAGUUACGAUCACGAUUGGGACAGAAAAACGAGAAUUAACGAAGAAAUUAUGGAAUUAGAUCGACUAGAAUCUUAUAAUUUAUAUAAUAAGUUAUUAAAUAAUUUGGCUUCCAAAAAUUAUCGUAUUAUAUAAUAGUCGUUUAUUGUAAAUAAUAUUUUUUUUAUAAACAGAAAGUAUGGAAA